AUGGCGGAUGCCAAUCUUCACCGACCCAUACAAAUCUUCAACUUCGGGCUGACCCCCUCGCCUGCGUCAGAACGGCGCUCGCACCUGGGUCCAUUCGACGCCGAGUGUGCAGCAGACGCAGACGACGACUGCAACAUCAUCACCACCCCUUGUAUGACCUGGAUUCCCGAAUUUCCGCGUAUCUCUGGGCGCGAGAUCGUGACGUUCAGCGACGGCCUCUGGGGACCCCAGGAGUACACACGCUGGCCUCAGCUAUACAACGAACAUUGCGUUCACCACGCAUGUAUUCCCACUAGCAACUCAGAGUAUGCUCCGGGGUCGCAAGUGUACGAUGGUCUUGGGUACGAUCCGUGGGAGGAAUCGAAGACAUGCGGGGUUCUGGGGUUUGGAUAUCUGAAGGGGGAGGUCCUGAACGAGUUAUAUUCAAUCGCAGUCGCGGUCAUUUCGCGUUACGAGCAGGCCGAAACCGCCGCUCGGCGUCGCGACCCAGCGACUUUCAAUGCCUCAUCGGGUGUUGAUAGGAGGCUGGGUGCGAUGCUAUGCCUCCUGCUGAGGAAUGCUGUCGACCGUCUCAGAGCGCUCCCCUGCACCGAGCAGCACGCCCUGGUGACGGCGAGAAUGGCUCACCGUCUCAUUCUCGAGCUUUCUGGUCUGACGGUCUACUUCACUGUCCUAGUCAGUCGCAUCGCCAACACACACAACCGUGUUCACCCUGUCUUGAAGGUCCUCGGCGCUUUCGUCCGCAAUGACGCCGCCGCCCAACUCCUCUAUCGCAUAGGGUUGCCGUUCUGGUACAUCCGGCCAUGGACUGCCAAUCUCUAUAUCCGCAAGGUGGUGAAACCUCGUGCGUGGAAUACUGAGCUGAAGGAUGAACCCGCCUGGCCCCGCAUUCCAAAGUCAUGGUAUGACCCCGACGGGACGCAUCAAGACCCGGCUCGCUGGACGCAGCCCUCGGUGCUCUUUGUGAGCAACCUACUGUGCUCGUCGGCGUUGCCUCGGCUCCAGGUCGUCGCUCGGCCCGACGGCACGGAGAGGGAAGCGAAACGGUUCAAGGGCGAUGACUCGACCCCGGCAAUGCUGUCUGGUUCCAAGGCGCCGCCACAGACACGCAACGCCAAGAAGAGGGGUAAACGCUCGCGCAGAGGCCGAGUGACGGAGAAGUCGCCGGAUCCACACCCCGCGACUACGUUCAAGGCUCCUCCUGCCGAGCUCGUCACCCUCAGUCCCAACUGGACGGCUGCUCUGUCCGAGCUUCCUCCAUUGCCGUUCCCGCCGCGUGUGGCGGCCGAAUACUACUUCCCACCGCCCUUCGUCAUCUUCCAGGCUAGCAGUCAGAAGACGCGUUAUCUGCACAACUUCACGCGCAUUCGUGAGUACUGCAGGCACCGCCUCGUCGACUCCGCCAUCAGUGGCACACCCCUGCGCAUCGCCGAUUGGCGUCAUGCCCUUUACGGCGAUUAUCGUCUCGACGAGCCGGACGCGACGGACAAGACUAGGAGCGAGGAUGGAUUACCGGGCCAUGAGACAACUUCGGAGGUGCCAAAGCGUGACUACCUCUACGAGCGACUGCAGUGCGUACGUCGGCUGUUCGCCAAAGGCGGAUCUCUGCUGUCGUACAACGAAGCCGACGUGUCGUGGUUUCGUGGGAUGAAAGUCAAUCUCGAUGCCGCAAGAACCAACAAAUCGUUCUUGGCUAUGGUGGUUUGGGAGCUUUACGAGACAAACUGGCGUUGCGAGUUGCGCGCCCUCGACAAUAUUCUAGUCGACUAUUCGGACGACGUGUUUCGCAAGUGGGAGCGUGAACAGCGCGUUGCUCGAGUGUGGCAGUCGUCGGUUCAUCAAACCGCGUUCUCGGUCAUUGACGUGUCCUCCCCCGCCUUCUGUUGGACACCGACGUGCGAAGAAGGGUGGCAGAGUCGCCGGGGCAACCUUCAGGCUUUGUUAUUGGUCAUGAGCGCGUGGCCACAGGUCCCCGAGGUAUUACGAGCCAAUGCAGUCACCAUCGGGGAAUGCGAUGAUGUGGGGCACUUCGACGCCGUCGAGGCCACUGCACUCAAAUUUUAUGUCAAAACCUUCACGUCUAAGUUCCACCGUCUGCCGUGUCCUCCCGUGCGACUAGUUUAUCUCCCGUAG